UGGAAUGCAAUGUAUACUACACUGAAUGACGAAUCCCUGAGUAAUGUCAGUGCUUCCAAACUAGAGCUACCAUUCAACCCUGACAAAUAUCAGAUGGAUGCGGAAGGAUACACACCGCUCUACAAGGCAGCUUUAGAAGGUCAUCUCGAAUUUGUUAAUGACCUCAUUUCACGGGGAGCAAACCCAAAUAAACCAAGUAAGGGUGGACUCCGUCCUCUUCAUGGAGCGGCUCAAGAAGGACAUACACACAUCGUUGACUUUCUCAUCCCUCAAGGAGCGGAUGUGAGUAUGGAAUGUGACUUGAGUCGGACGCCUCUUCAUACAGCAGCAUCCAAAGGCUAUACUUCUAUCAUAGAUAGUCUCAUUGCAGAAGGCGCUAAUAUGAACAAGGAAGAUAACACAGGGCGUACACCAUUUAGCGAUGCAGUUCAAAAUGGCCAUCUAGAAGCCGUCAAAUACCUCAUGAUUCACGGAGCGAAGCAGAACAUAUAUGACGAAAUGACCCCACUGUAUGCCGCUGCAGAAUCUGGCCACCUAGAAGUCGUCAAAUUCUUCAUAUCCAAUGGCGCAGAUGUGAACGCGCAAGAUGACGAAGGGAAGAUUCCUCUCCACGGUGCAUCUUGGAACGGUAACACUGAGGUCAUGAAAUAUCUCAUUCAACAAGGAUCAGAUGUAAACAAGAUGGAUGCUGAGGGUUGGACACCAUUCAAUGCUGCUGUUCAAAAUGGCCAUCUAGAAGCCGCCAAAUACCUCAUGACUCACGGAGCGAAGCAGAACAUAUAUGACGAAAUGACCCCACUGUAUGCCGCUGCAGAAUUCGGCCACCUAGAAGUCGUCAAAUUCUUCAUAUCCAAUGGCGCAGAUGUGAACGCACAAGAUGACAAAGGGAAGAUUCCUCUCCACGGUGCAUCUGGAAACGGUAACACCGAGGUCAUGAAAUAUCUCAUUCAACAAGGAUCAGAUGUAAACAAGAUGGAUGCUGAGGGUUGGACACCGUUCAAUGCUGCCGUUCAAUAUGGUCAUCUAGAAGCUGUCAAAUAUCUCCUAACUGAAGGAGCGAAGCAGAACAGAUAUGAUGGUAUGACCCCACUCUAUUCCGCAUCACAAUUUGGUCAUUUAGACAUCGUCAAACUAUUCAUUUUCAAAGGAGUCGAUGUAAACGAGGAAGAUGACAAAGGAAAGAUUCCUCUCCAUGGUGCUGCUAUUCAAGGCCACAUUGAAGUCAUGGAAUAUCUCAUUCAGCAAGGAUCUGAUGUGAACAAGGCAGAUGCCAAGGGUUCGACUCCGUUCAAGGCUACCGUUAAACAUGGUCAUCAAGAAGCUGUCAAAUACCUCCUGACUGAAGAAGCGAAGCAGAGCAGAUUUGAUGGUAUGACCCCACUCUAUGCCGCAGCAAAAUUUGGCUAUUUAGAUAUCGUCAAAUUCCUCGCAGACAAAGGAGCUGAUGUUAUGGAGGAAAAUGGUUCAGGCCAGAUACCUCUGUAUGGUGCAGCUGUCAGGGGUCACAUUAAUGUCAUGGAAUAUCUCAUACAGCAAGGAUCUGAUGUGAACAAGAAAGAUAACACUGGUUGGACUGCAUUCAAUGCUGCUGUUAAAUGUGGUCAGCUAGAAGCUGUCGAAUAUCUCCUGAAUAGAGGAGCGCAGCAGAAUACAUAUGAAGGUAUGACCCCACUCGAUGUCGCAGCAAAAUCUGGACAUUUAGACAUCGUCAAAUUCUUCAGAGACAAAGGAGCUGAUGUUAUGGAGGACAACGAUUCAGGCCAGAUUUCUCUCCAUGCUGCAGCUGCUCGAGGCCACUUGAAAGUCAUGGAAUUUCUGAUUCAGGAAGGAUCUGAUGUGAACAAAAAAAAUAAAACUGGUUGGACUCCAUUCAAUGCUGCUGUUAAAUGUGGUCAGCUAGAAGCUGUCAAAUAUCUCAUGACUCAAGGAGCGAUGCAGAACAGAUAUGCUGGUAUGACCCCACUCUAUGCCGCAGCAAAAUCUGGACAUUUAGAUAUCGUCAAAUUCUUCAAAGACAAUGGGGCUGAUGUGAAGGAGGAAAAUGAUUCAGGCCGGAUUCCUCUUCAUGGUGCAGCUUCUGGAGGCCACAUGAAUGUCAUGGAAUAUCUGAUUCAGCAAGGAUCAGAUGUGAACAAGAAGGAUAACACUGGUUGGACUCCAUCCAAUGCUGCCGUUCAUUAUGACCAUCUAGAAGCCGUCACAUAUCUUAUGACUGAAGGAGCGAAGCCAAACAGAUAUAAUGGUAUUACCCCACUCUACGCUGCAGCGUAUUUUGGUCAUUUAGAUAUUGUCAAAUUCUUCCUAUCCAAUGGAGCUAGUGUGAACGAGGAAGUUGACGAAGGGGUGAUUCCUCUCUAUGGCGCAGCUUCUGGAGGCCACAUAGAAAUCAUGGAAUAUCUCAUUCAGCAAGGUUCUGAUGUCAACAAGAUUGAUUGCAGAGGUUGGACACCAUUACAUGCUGCAGUAAGAAAUGGUCAUUUAGAAGUUGUUACAUUUCUCAUGGCGAAAGGAACAAAGGUAACCAAUUUAUACGGAUUAACUCCGCUUUACAUCGCAACACAGUAUGACCAUAUCGAUGUUGUAAGAUUCCUAGUCUCAAAAGGAUGUGAUGUGAACGAAAGAAAUGAAUGCGGCAAGUCCCCUCUUCAUGCAGCAUGUUAUAAUGGCAGCAUGGAUAUCGUAAAAGUCCUCCUUCAUCACAACGCUAAUGUCAAUGAACAAGAUCAUGAUGGAUGGACACCACUCCAUGCCGCUGCACAAGAAGGACACCAAGACAUAUUCCGCUACCUUAUAUUGAAUGGAGCAGACAUGAACGUAAAGGACAUAGAUGAAUUGACACCGCUUCAGGCAGCAGUGAACGCAGGCCGUUUGAAUGCAAUAAAAGACAUCUCAGCAUGUAGAGGUGACCCGGAUGAAGAAGAAACAAGAGAUCCACGCUCUGGAGGCCAGCAGAACCUAAUCAGAAGAGGCAGUGUGACUGUGACAAUGAAGGAUGCAGAUACGACGUCACACACGGGGCAGUUAGCAUCUCAGGUAGACAAUGUAGAAGGUAGGAAUGACUGCAAUCAAGCUGAUAAUGCAAAGAGAGGAGACGACGAACUCUCCUUGAAGAAUAUUCCCAUUGGGACCCAUGAUGAUAAAGAAAGUGGCAGAGAAGAACACAAUCCUUUCAUCCAUGCUAAGCUGAAAUAUCCUGAAAAAGGGGAACAAGAUCCAAUGCUAGAUCAGAAUGAAGCAAUGAAGAGCCCCGUGACCACAAAUGGCGCAGACGGUUCUUCCCCGCGUGGACCUCAGACAUGGCAAUACAGCGGAUUCAAUCCACCCUUUCUACAAACCAUUGGGAAUGACGGUCUCCCGUCUGAAGAACCGGAAUCCAGAUGUCGCUCACUAAUUGAAGAAAACAGGGAAAUGAGAGAAUCUCCUCCACCGAUGAAUGCUGGAAAUGAUCUACCAAUCAAAGAAACAUCAGUGAAGUUUGAGAGUUUCCCUACACACCCACCAGCUGUCGUUCACCAGGGGUUGCAUGACGGGAACCCUGUCUCCACCCAAGGAACCUCCUCAAACCCAGUUUGGAAUAUUGGGACCAAACGUCACCAAUCGGUUGACCGCUGUCCUUCAAUCCUGGCCCUUGUACGAACUUUCCUGCAGAUGAUCAUCGCUUUAACCAUCAUUCUUGCUGGAAGUCCGGUUCUUGUAGCAGGCAGCGAUAGCAUCGAACGAGUCACGCUACAAGAUGACAUCAUCACAGAAGCAAUGUCGUUCCGAGUCUGGAUCAUCGUAGAGGGCCGAAAUUCUGCUAACAGCGUCCCUAAUUAA